UCCUCCCAAGCAGCAGAGGGCUCCGGGCUGCCGGCUCCGUAACGGGAGGGCGGGGACGGAGCUGGAAGCCGUACUAGUGGCUGGAGCCGGCGAAGGGGCGGGAGUCGGGUCCGGUCCGGGAGCACGAAAGCAGGACAGGAGUCAUGCAGACUUCAGUAACGUCUCUAGCCAGAAAGGAGGCCGUUCAGGCUGCAGCCAGAGAGCUGCUCAAGUUCGUGAACCGAGGACCCUCUCCCUUUCACGUGGUGGCAGAAUGUCGAAGCCGACUCCUCCAGGCCGGCUUCCAAGAGCUCAAAGAGACUGAGAAAUGGGAGCUGCAGCCUGAAUGCAAGUACUUUGUGACCAGGAACUCCUCCACCAUCAUCGCAUUUGCAGUGGGGGGCCAGUAUUCUCCAGGCAAUGGCUUUAGCCUCAUCGGGGCCCACACGGACAGCCCUUCCCUGCGGGUGAAGCGCAGGUCCCGACGGAAUCAUGCAGGCUUCCUGCAGGUUGGUGUAGAAACUUACGGGGGCGGCAUCUGGAGCUCCUGGUUUGACCGUGACCUCACGUUGGCUGGACGAGUCAUUAUCAAGAAUCCUACCUCAGACCAAAUUGAACAGCGGCUGGUGCACUUGGAGAAGCCGAUACUGCGCAUCCCACACUUGGCGAUUCAUCUUCAUCGGACCGUCAAUGAGAGCUUUGGUCCCAACGCUGAGACCCACUUAAUACCCAUUCUGGCCACAGCAGUCCAGGAAGAGCUGGAGAAGGGGAUGCCUGAUUCAGGGGCUCCUACUAACCAGAUGGACCGACACCAGUCAGUGCUUAUGUCUCUUCUGUCUGCCCAGUUGGGGCAGAGCCCUGAGGACAUCCUGGAGAUGGAAUUGUGUCUCGCAGACACUCAGCCUGCGGUCCUGGGAGGUGCCUUUGAGGAGUUCAUCUUUGCUCCCCGGCUGGACAACCUGCACAGCUGCUUCUGUGCCCUCCAGGCUCUGAUUGACUCCUGUUCAGCCCCAGCAUCCCUUGCCUCCGACCCUAACGUUCGAAUGGUUGCACUGUAUGACCAUGAAGAGGUUGGAUCGCAGAGUGCACAGGGAGCAGAGUCGUUGCUGACAGAGCUGGUCCUCCGGCGUAUCUCAGCCUCAGCCCAGAAUAUGACAGCCUUUGAGGAGGCAAUACCUAAAUCCUACAUGAUCAGUGCUGACAUGGCCCACGCUGUACACCCUAACUACCUGGAUAAACAUGAAGAAAACCACCGACCCUUUUUCCACAAGGGCCCUGUGAUCAAGGUGAACAGUAAACAACGCUAUGCGUCCAAUGCUGUGUCCGAGGCACUGAUCCGAGAGGUGGCAACCCGCGUUGGGGUGCCACUUCAGGAGUUCAUGGUUCGGAAUGAUUCCCCCUGUGGCUCGACCAUCGGGCCCAUCCUCGCUUCUCGUCUGGGGCUGCGGGUGCUUGAUUUGGGCAGCCCCCAGCUGGCCAUGCACUCCAUCCGUGAGAUGGCAUGUACCUCCAGUGUGUUGCAGACCCUCACUCUCUUUAAGGGCUUCUUCGAGCUGUUUCCUGUUGUGAGCCGCAAUUUUGCAGUCAAUUGAGGCCUCUCAAGAGCUUCUCUUCCCUUCCUUAUCUCAUUAAGUCGUAGAAUGUCAGUUCUCACCUGACUCAGACUUGAAAUAUUAAAAUAAAUUUUUCAUUUGUU